AUGUCUUCGGGAGGAGCCCAUCAUAAUAACUCUGGGGGAGGAUCAUCGCAUGCCAACUCAGGACAUUCCGGAUGCCAUGGCGGACCCAUUGAAAAAUUGCCUUCGCUGUUUAUCGAGAGACCCAAGAUGCCUAGAGCCACGUGGGACGCCCUGCGGAAUCAUAUCUUGAGAGAAAGACAGAGGAAGAAACAGGAACAAGACAAAACCCAAGAGGUCCUCUAUGAGGAUGAUCGACGUCGUAUCAAAGACGUAAGCCAACCUCAGAUGUAUCUCCAACCAAGCGCGAGGCCCAGUCCCAACCAGCAAUACAUGAAACCCCAUCCUCACAUGCUUCUCGCGCAAGGAACGCCUUCGUCACAACAACAGCAAGUGUCGAAUUAUCAGAAACGAGCUCGUUCACCCUCUCCACCUCGAGCUGGAAUCUCAUCGGCCUAUUACCGCACCCCUAUUACUGUGGCCACUCAGGGAGGACCUGCCAAAUUCAAUUCAGCCGUGGCCUCGGCGAUGUAUGGCAAUCAUGCCAAUUUUCAAAUGUAUCCCAGUAUUUCCAGGGAGGAGGCUGAUCGAAACAAGCACCCUUAUCUAUCUCAGACCACGGCAUCGCGGGUCAGUUACACCAAUGUGGUGCCCAGAAAUGCGCCGAUGAACUUGGGGGUAUCUCACGGUGUGGCACCCCAAUCGGCCGAUAAUUUCCGCGGUUCAAUCAUGGCCGGUUAUCCUCGCUCGACAGCGUUGAGGUACCCUAAUGCUUCAACCACUACUUCGGUGGGAGUGCUGCAUGGCGUGCCAAGAUUGGCCAAUGUUCCCCCGCAAACAGGACCGCCUCAAGGUGGGCCACCUCCUCAGGGCAUGCCAAGACUAUACCAGCGAGAAGUGUGA